AUGGCCACGCCUCAUCGCAGCAAGGGGGAGGAUGAAAUUGAUAAAGCCAUCAACGAUUGGGGCUACGUAAUGAGCGCAGAGAAUUAUGUGAGUUCGCCUCAAAGAAAGCUGCCGUUGAGUGAAACCAGGCGCAUCGUUUGCGGACGUGGCAGAGGAGUUGUUGCGCCACCACCGGAAAAUAGUGCGCUGGAAAAAGUGCGCCUUGCGGCCCACAUCAACCGCCUCGAUGCAAGUUCGGCGAGCCGCCUGAGGACCACGGAUGAAACGCUGGCCCAAUCCAAUCCAGCGACGGAGAUAACGGCCACACUGCGCUCGUUAGGAAUUCGUAGCGAAGACUACGAGCUGACCGGCCGCACCACACGCCGAUCGCUGUUGGACAACAAUCGUGACAUCCACUUCGAUGGAAACAUUCCGGUCAUUCUGAACGGAGAUCUGUUCCACGCACCUUCCGGAUCUCCGUUCCGCGAACACGAGAGCAAUGGCGAAGAAGUCACCCCCGAAGUCAUCGAGCAAAAAGAAGCCAAAAUGGCGAAAAAUGACCGUAGAGGAGACAAUGCCGCCAUCCGGUAGCCACGUGACUUCUGGUUUUCCAGCGGGCUUCCAUGAAACAGGUCGGAAGGUGUUCGGUCCGGAUGGCACAAAAAAGCUCCUGUAGUCGCUGGGGCAAUACAUUG